CUACAGAGUGUGCCAAAAAACGCCUUCGGGCAUAUUGAAUCGAAAAGUUGAGUUCGGAAGUGGAAAGGAAAAGUGAAAACAGUGCAGUGGGAACAAAACCAAAGGAAGUAUUGUUCCUCUAACAGUGGCACCAAUAUUAAUUGGACACUGUCAACAAAAAUAAAGAAGCAAAUAAAGGAAAAUUUCUUUUAUUUUCAGAGUGAACCAAGGACGGGCUUGGGGACAGGAUGUCCGCCAAGAGAACAAAAUUGAUUCUCCCAGAAGAGAUUUCGUCGGAGGAAGAGGGAGCAACGGGCCCUACAACCAAGAUGGACGCAGAUUCGAGCCUGCUCAUCAGGAUUGCAGAGCUCGAACAAGAGAAGGCCGACAUGACUCAGCAGUUGGAGUGCCAGUUGGCGCUCAUCAAGGAGCUACAGCAGGAGAUGGCUGAAAUGAAAGCAGCCAACAUGGCCGCGAAGCAGCCGGCCCAUCAAGAGCAACAGCAGCAACUAUUGAACCAGCAGCGGCAGCAGCAGCAGCAGCAACGGAAACAACAGCGGCAAGAGCAGCAGCAACGACAGCAGCAACCACAGCAACAACAGCAGCCAGAAGGAGGAGGAAGGAGACCCCUUCAACUUUGUAGUGCGGAAGAAGAAGACAUCAAAUAGGAAUAAGGACCGAGAUUCCAAAGGAAACUUCAGAUCAGUAAACACAAACAAACAACGAUCUCAUCUACUGUCCCAACAUCAAUGCCAGGAUAGGACACCGCUCCCACAUCAGGACCAAUAAAAUUUCAGUUCCUACUUCCAUCGCUUUUGCAUAAGGGGACAGGAGUUACGAGCCCCAAAGUAAAAAGGGAAUCAAGAUACUACACGUGCCGCACAUUCAACAUAAUUUAACUCUCAUUUCCUACACAUGCCAAAUAAAGUACAACGUAUCGAAUUCUAAAGUUGGUUCAAUUAACCGCCGCUGCAGCUUUGUAAAAAUUGUAACGCUGCAUAAGCAAUAGCAAAAUUAUAAAUUUAAUUCUUUCGGUCAGGCAUGUGCUCAUUGUCAUUCUAAACUCCAACCAAUAAACUCGUUUAAAAAUAUUUCUUUCUUUUUUUUAGUAUCGUAAAGAAUAAUAUACAUAACUCGCGUAGCGGCAUGGGGACCGGUUCGUGGGUGGACAGCUGAUCAACGGCCGGUAGGAUUGAAAAUUUUUUCGCGAGUGAGUCAUUGGAUGACAGGAGCCUUCCAAUACAAGAUUCAAGCAUAUUUUUUUUUUAGUAAAUUAAAGUUGUGUCUCGAAAAUAUCAUAAUACAUCAGGGUUUCAAUUCGAAUGAAUUUUGGAUAAAAAAGAACGUAUCGACCGAGCACUUUGAUGGAGCUUCAGUAUUUGCGGGCAGACCUUCACGGUCAAUUUCGCCUCUUCUCUCUCUCUCUUCGGCCACUCAAGAUGGUUGUUUGAUCAUCAUAUUUCCCUUGAGUUCAUUACAAAGCAUGGGAACUUUUACGAAAACGCCUUGAAAACGAGCGAUCGCUUGGAAUUACUUCCCGAAACUCCAUAGCAUGCCAGUAGUAAAGGAAAGAGAAGAGUUCCUAGCCAAUAUGCAAGGCAUGGGCGUGAACGUUGAACACUGUUAUCUACUGAUAAUUUACACGAGUGUUUAGAAAGUAGAUCAAGAGUUGAAACGUUUAUGGGAAACAUCGCAAGGAACAUUACCAUAUUCCAAAGCUGUCAGUAUUUAUGGAUUUUUGGACUGGUCGCUUCAAAACCUUAAAAGCUCAAUGCUCCCCGAAGAAGAACAAAAGGUUCGAAGCACUCGUGGCCAGUAAGGUGACUCAUUGGGCGCAACCUGGAAGUGUGUAACCGAUAUUGUGAUGGAAAGUGCAAGCUUUGUACAUGGGUCACUACAUUCAGACAAACUGCAAGUGCGACAAAAGGAAGA